AUGAGCUUCUUCUUCGCAACACCUCCAGAUGGAGCGAGACCCUACACGUAUCAUCGCGAGACGCCGGAGGAUCUGACGGCGCCCAGGGCCAUCUCGACACAGCAGACAGCGCGUUCGAGCCCGCAAAAUGGAUCGUCAACCGCCAAUUCUGCUUCCAAUCCAGUGUCGAGGGUUAACUCUUCUUCGGCGCCGCCAAUACCCAGGAGGAACAUUGUGUUCCCAGACCCUGUCGCAUUCAGGUACCUUGAAGAGGAACCGUGUGUCGCAGUUGUCGAGCGUCGGGGAACGCUGCGUGGCUACGAACUCUAUCUCGUCGAACAGUGGGCCUGCUCACGGCAGUCGCCCACACUGGUCAUUGUCACCUAUACCGGCGAUGAGGAGCAUUCGGUGGUAGUCGGGGUACUGUCGGUGCCUGUCGAUGAGGCUCUGUGGUCUACUAAACUACGCGUCUACUUCAAAGCCACCCGACAGUACCUUGCCCGCCCCAAGGGCACGCAGCUUGGGGAGGUCAUGGUCACAAACCUGAGUAGCUUCCCCUCGGCUCUCACAGUCAUCCCUGUCCCGGAUGGCGACAUCAGGAAGCACCGGCUUGAGUUCAUCGUCAACGAAAACCUUAAGCGCAUGGGCUGCUCGGGUCGCUCGGGGUUGACGCUCAGCGAACCUGCGGAGGGCACACGGACCAAGUUCCUGUCACUGUACAAGGUCAGCGACAAGAUCCCCUUGCCCACGGCGGUUACAGAACUUGUCAAGCUUUGCCAGGUGGCUCUGUACAUGUUCGAGAAACUAGAACCGGAGUACAUUGAUGGCUUGCUUUGCGACGUGACCGAGAGGGCCAUUGGAAACUGGUGGACAGAGGUUGGGGCGGAGCAUUACAAUUUCGAGCCAAACGACGGUGUCCUGGGACCUACGACGGUUGCUGCUCUUCUUGGGAUGCUGAUGGGCGCAAGAAAUCGACUAUACUGGUAUGGGUGCCCAGUAGCAAAGGAUGCCUUCGACAUUGAAUGUCUGAAGCGAGGCAUUGGGAACUUUCAAAAGUCCUUCAAAAUUGACAAGACACGACGACUCGAUCGCCAGACGCUCGUCAAGCUUCAUAAUUGCACCGCCAAGGCCGCAGCUGGGGAGGGCUGGGGCGUUCAAAAGGCUGUCAAGUCGCGAAUGAAAGAGAUUGGCGGUAAUCGCGGCGAAAUCGUCAUGGGAAUGGUGUCCGGCAAAGACAAGGGUGGGAUGGCAGAUAUUGAGACCUUGGACCUCGAGCAGUUCAUCAGCUUUGCCUAUGGUGAGCGUGCCAAAUGGCUAUGGUACGGGAAGCCGCGGAGAAUGACCCUGGAUCACCCGGAGGGAGACUCAGAGGGUGUGAACCCCAGCUUCGGCAGGGACGUGAUUAAAGAUGAAUCCCUCGCACGCACACCGACCAUGCAAGGCGAUGAGGAUUUGGACGCCCGGCGGCAGAACGGUUUGCUCAGCGUGCAAUCCGAAAUACAGUAUGGCUCUGCGCUUGGCAACACAGAUAGCCCGGCGGAGAAGGAUGCCCUGAGAAGGAACGUUCUGAAAAGCGUCGCGGGGAAGAUGAGUGAUGCUCGAUCCGGUUUGGGCCGCAUCAAGACUGCCGUGGGCGGCAGCAAGCGUGGACAUGCCGCACGAGCAUCAAUAUCAGACCGUGAGGAUCUGCGGGAGCUUCGUGGCGCGCAGAACACAUCCCUUCCCAACGCAGGGAUCCAAGCAGCAGUGCCAGGCACGCCGGGAUUUUUGGCUCCCGGCAGAGCUUUCACCUGGCAAAGGAAGCCCGGCGAGUACCUGGACGGUUACAGACGUGAGCAGCCGUCAUCGGUAGCCGACCUAACGAACGAGACCCGCGAUCACUCGCCGGCCACGAGCCGCUCCAAGAUUGCCAAGCGGGCACCAAAACUGGCGCUGGAGAAUGAACUUCUCAAUCGGAUCGGAUCAGAGGUUCGAAAUGAUAUGCUACCGGCAGCACCACCGACAGCUGAGUCCCUUCUCGGCGAAGGGGACCUGGAAGGGCCCCUGCUUGACGCUGAGCGACGGAACGAGUCACCCUACCUCAGUAUUGGCCUAUCUCGCCGCCACAGCUUAGAGGUUGCACAACUCAACUUCAAGCACGAGUUGAACGAGGCACGCUGGGCAAGACGAGUGUCGUUCAGCGAGGCGGAAGAAGCAAUCCUCAUGUGGGAAGAGGUUGUCAACCUCGACGAGAACGCCCAACAACUGAAUGAGGUGGAGGCUCUUGCUGAGCUCGCUCGCCAUCUCAAUCAGAGCAUUGAAGAGAUCAAGAUCAAUAUCAAUCCAUGGGUGGAAGAGAAGCUCAAGGCUCUAGCUCUUCUAGACGAGCACUAUGCUCGCGACAAGGACGACCUGCAAAGCCACUACCAACGACUGAACGAGGCCUGUCAGCGAGUUCGCUACAGCUCAAACGAGCUCUUGGCUGAAGAGCGCGCCAGUCUCACGGAAAGCGUCAAAGAGAUUGACGUCCUCGUCGCCCGACUUGACUACGAAAUCAACGCGCUUGUCUCCAAGGCUGUUGAUGUGGAAGACGGCGUGCAAACGUUUGAGCGCCAGGUCGAAGAUUUGGAGCAGCGCGCUGCGGUUCUGAAGACGCAGCUGGAAGCGGAAUCAUGGAUGCAUUGGUUUUUCAGGAGCCUCACUGGCAUAGGCAGUGGUCCUCACAUCACAAGAGGCACAGCUUGA